AUGCGAGGAACUUAUGUGGAACUUGUUUUUCUUAUAGCUGCAAUUAUAGCAGCUAUACUUAUCGGGCCCUCAAACCAAUUCGAAGAAAGCAAACAGCAGCCGCAGUCAAUACAACAACCAUCCACGAUCGUCAAAAACCACAGCGACACUUAUGAAGUGGAAGAAGUCGCAAACGGAAGCAACACUAACGCCUCCAGCAGCGAAAGUAGAAACUAUUUCCGCACACCCUCAACAUCCGGCAGCACAAUGACCGUAAAACAAUUUCGUAGCUCUAUUCCAAUGCGUAUUUAUGAAUGUUUACGAGAUUUCAGUACCUUACGUUGUACGAAAUUGUUUGUUCUACAAAAAUUGGAAGAACGUAAGAACUGGACAAAUACAGGAAAUCUGACUAAAGAUUUCCUACAGCAAUUCUUUGGCGAAGAGGAGAAAAUGGGUAGUUUGAUAUCAGAGAAAUUUCGCAAACUUAGCGAUAAGGAAUUGAACAAAAAGUUAGUGGUCAGUUUACAAAGAUUCUUUAAAAAUCGUGAUAUUAAAUUGCAAUUCUUGCCCGGUUUGAUGGUGAAAGUAGUACCAAGUAAAGAUAACAAAAUGAAAUUGAGUUUUAAGAAAAAAAACAAACACAAAUAUGAAGGUCGAGCCCAGGACACCUCCUUACUAGUGGGCGCUCUAAAAGAUCAAAAUCUAUUGGAUAGCAGUUUGGAGGGUCACGGCAAUCUCAGUUUGGAAGAUGAGGAGGGAGAUGGCAAAUCGAAACAUAAAGUUCACAAAAAGAAAAUCAAAAAGGACAAAACUUCAUAUAAGACCACAAUUCUACAAAUGGCGGUACCAGUUAUGAUGAUGCCGGCCAUCCUUAUGGGGACCUUUUUACCUUUCAUCCUGCCCGUCUUGAAAAUGGCCACUCUCACCACCAUGAUCAUGAAUAAUACCGCCUUUAUGGCCGCCUUAAUUUAUGCCGCCCGCACUCAUGUCAAUGCUCAACAGGAACAACCCAUCAGCUAUAAUUAUGGCUCUCAUCCAAUUGGUUAUCACUGAAUU